AUGGUGAAAGCCGAGGAUCGUGGCUGGGAUGGAAGUUCAGGACGGAAUUACCGUCCGACCCAUGAGGUUCGUACUCAAAUCUACAGUGAAGCCCGUUGGCCUCAUCUACUCGAUAUUCAAACCGCAUACCUUGACGAAAACACACAGAUAGGGGUCAUUGAGUUGAAGACAUGUAUACAGGCAAUUGUAUCAGCCAGGGUCACUAAGGCAAAUUACAGUCCGGAGUUGGUAGCAAAACUUGGCCAGGAUUACACCGUAUAUGCGUACGACUACUCGGAGUAUGAGACACCUUUGGUCGGUCAAGGGAUGCUGUCCUGGGUUCUCGCUUCUGCUUCUACUACACCAAAUGCUCCUGCUCAUCAAUCCAAAACCAUUGUGACUGGACGUGUGAGCAAAAAUGUCCUCGGACUUUUCUCGAAAGGCGCACAAGAAACACUAGAAGUUAAGCUACGACUAGUCCCAGUACCAACUGUCAUGCAGAGCGAAUAUCUUGAAAGUAUGCAACGCUAUCGAGAAUUAAGCAACGUGAUUCCCGAAAACUUUGAUGCCCAAGCAUGGUCUUCCUUCGUCCAACAAAACCCGCACAUGUUUGCUCACAGCCAGCGUCCUCGAUCCUCUGAGAGGCCAAAUGGAUCUAGAGACCAUUCUGGUAUAGAGAGGUUCCAUCAGCUUCUCAGUGAAGGCUCUACCCCUCGGGAAUUUCCGUCGACUCAUCCAGAUUCUGCAGCACCAUCUCCAGUGAAUCCUCCCAGUCGUUGUGACUCGCCAGUCGGUAUACUGCCAAGUACGCACCAACUCCAACAGCCGUCUUUGAUCGGUCAUAGACGAAGAGACAGCGACGCUUCAUCCGUUCGCCCGUUGUCUCGAGCCUCUUUACGUGACGUCGAGUUUCCACGGCCAGGUACAUUAACCCGACGAGGUUCGACCUAUUCCGGUUAUGGAAGUGGUGACGAGGUGAUUGAACAUCCACCGAGGAAACGUGCCAGACUUUUUAGAGCAGAUUUAACUGGCAAGGAUGACAUGAAUAUUGAGCGCCAGCCUGGGUCCCUUCGUGUAGCUGCCAGCACAGCCGCCUCUGUACGGAUCCAUCGCCCUACACCAACUAACUCUAGCCAUCCUUCUACGUCUUCAGGUGCCCUUGAGGAGCCCGUUCGUCCCCCUACACCAAUAUCUCGCACAUCUAAUGAAGGAAUGCGACGAAGCCGUCCCGCUCCGAGUCUCCUUCGUGAAUCAUCAGUCAACAGUACAUCAUCUUAUAAAUCUCCCUACCCAUCAUAUGAUGAUAUACCGUCCACUGACUUGCCAACCGCUUCUCCCGAUGAUCACCGAUACCAGGGUAUUUUUGAAUCACAAUUCACUAUGCCGUCAUCCCCGCCUAUCACAGACGGUGGCUUCCAUAGUCGCUCAAGCCCUGUUCUUCCACCUUUACCGGUACCACCUGAUUCUGGAUUCAUGAGUGCUACACUUGAAGAUUUGAUGGACGAAGAAGGCUGCCUGCGUGCAAAUCCCGAUGGAAACCAUGAUACGGCAAUGAUAGCCGGCUGUGAUCCGAUAAAUCAUAGCAACCAGCGCCCGCUGACAAGCCAUCAUACUCCUCCAGCAAAUGAUCUUUCAGUUUCUGCACACCGGAAGGAUAAUUUCUUGGCCAGUGACGGACCAUAUGAAUCUUUGUCUUCUUCCAAAGAAGCUCCAGCGCUUCCCCCUCAACACAGUUCCACUGCUUCUCGACCCUCAUCCCGAACAAGCAUCAGGGCCGCACAAAAACUCGCGCCAGCUCCAAUAUCACAAAGCGAAAUAGAGCAUUUAAUCAAUUCAAUUCCCGCAAGCGAUCCAAUAAUACCGCCUCAAGGCUUCCUGCACCAUACCAACCAUACCAACUCUUGGCCCGGCCCAAUGAGUGAUUUGCCUUCGGCGGAGACCCCGUCGUCGCACCCGGUCGAAGAUGGGAAGGGACGGAGUGGAGCGGGCGCUCGAAGAGUACGGCAAGUUCAAGCUCGACUUGAAAAUUGCAUUAGGGAAGGCCAAGUGCCUCCUUAUUGCAACAACUGCGGUGCUAUUGAGACUCCUACCUGGAGGAGAGCUUGGUCUAAGGACUUUGAGGGUAGCGAACAGGAAGCAAAUGAUUUUCUCAAGGAUCCUCAGUUUCUUUUCUGGACAUCCUUGAAGAGAGACGACGAGGAAAGAAUCACUAAAUUCCGAUUAUACAAGAAAACGCUUGUGGAUACAGAUAAAGACUUUGACCAAAUUCUUCUCUGCAAUCCUUGUGGUCUUUGGCUUCAGAAGUUCAAAAGCAUGCGCCCACAAAACAGGUGGAACAAGCAACCAGCAAAGGACAAACGCAAACGGUCGGCUCGUACGCGUAAAGGCCCCCUGUCAAAUGGCGUCUCCUCAUCUACCAGAAGCCGAAGUAAACCUCAGAUGAAUUUGCCAUCAGAGUCGUCUCCCGCUCGUACAGACAGCUCCUCGCCGGCGUGUGACAAUGGUUCGCAAGCUGGAGAAGAUGACGACGCCACUCCUGCGAUGGAUAAUGAGAACGAAAACCCCAACGACGGCGAUGAACUAGGACAUCCCCCCACUCGUAUUCGAGCCAGUAGCGCGGAACCAACGCGCUCAUCGGGCACUCUGGAGAGUCGAUGGGACGAAAAUGCAGCCAUAGAAGCACUCAAAAGAGCGAUUCAAUCAAGUCCAGCGCGCAACCUUGAUGCCCACACAUUGAAGCUGGAUGAUGAAAACCUCACUCCGAAGCCCGUGAGAAGAGCCUUGUUCCCGAAUAAUCAUGAUGGCCCUCUAAAGACUUUGGACGAUCUAUUUGAAAGCCCAUCCUUCGAAUUUACCGUGCGCAAUGCUUCCACUCCUAAACGACGCACACCUCGCUCCAACCAAAGGAGAUUAUCACUCCCUUUCUGCUCUCCCAGCACCAGCAGAACCAAGAAUGCUUCGUCUGUCCGGUCGCCGAAUACAGCUAAAUCUGGAGAACCGCGCUCGGCUUCUAGAAAAGAAGCGUCUUUUGGUGGCACUGCUGGAGACAAAAAUGCAUUCACUGGUGUGGAUGAUAAUUUGUUUGAUCCGUGGCAAUCACUACCUCAGUCAGAUAUGUAUAUGCCGUUUUCCAGUUGGUCCCCGACGGCCGUGAACGGCGGUUCUCUGUUGCAAUUUCCAGACGGUUUCAAUGACGAUGAAGCUCUCAUCAACGCCAUACUCUCGGAAUCAGAGCUCCAUAAAGAGGCCGAUGUGAACGCCCAACUUCCAGGUGGUGUCACUGCAACGAGUGCAACGCUGCUCGACCCUGGAAAGAAAAAUCCUAGCGAGGCUCGAAAUGGUGAAGCACAAGCUGGUUUUGCCUCCAACCAAUGA